AUGGGUCGGGAGUGGCUGACACGGCGACAACUACAUGGAGACUAUGACCAGCUGCCACAAGAACUGAACAAGGAGGACAGCAAAGGACACAGAAACUUCCUACACAUCUACCCUGAAUUGUUCGAGGAGAUGGUCGAAAGGCUGAUGACCAUUUUGAAGACGAAGGACAUGAAAAUGCGGAAUGCACAAGAGGUAGGACUCAAGUUGGCAGUCACUCUCCGCCACCUGGCAAGUGGGAACUACUAUCCAAGUCUCCAAUACAGCUUCAGUCUCUCCAAGAGUUCCAUAUGCCGGUUUAUCCCAUUAGUCUGCCAAGCCAUUAUCAACACCUACAAACCAGAAGUGUUGAAGUGCCCCAAGACAGCAGAAGCAUGGAACAAUGUAGCAGAACAAUGCGCCUCAAAGUGGAACUACUUCAAUUGUGUGGGAGCCCUGGAUGGGAAGCACGUCGCAAUCAAGAAACCAAAAGGUGGAGGAUCACUGUAUUUCAAUUACAAGAAGUUCCACAGCAUCAUCCUCAUGGCCCUCUCCGAUGCAAAAUACAGGUUUCUGUUCAUCGACGUUGGUGCAGAAGGAGGUGCUGGGGAUGGAGGAACCUGGCAGAAGUGCAACCUGGCCAGGGCCAUCACAUACAAUUGA